AUGGUGACUACACGAGGCAUGACUUCUCCAACACCGGAUGAACCGGGAACUGUUCCAGUUCCUAACCCGGGAUUUGUACACGAGGAGGAAGAGGCUCAGGACCAUACCAGUACUGAACCGGCGCAGGAUGCGACUUCCGAAGAAUUACCUCCACAAGCUGUUCCACAGGUCAACAUGACCAUGGAGAUGCUGCAGGCCCUUAUACAAGGACUCAGAACCACCGGACCGUCGCACGCGACUACCAGCGAACGUCGUGACACCAAGGUUCCAGACCCCAAGCGCUUCGCUUCAAAAUCAAUCAAGGAAUUCGAGGAAUGGAUUGAGGAUGUGGAAAACAACAUCUCAAGUCGUCCCCGGUCCUACCCCGACGAAGCAAGUAAAGUCCAAUAUGCUGCCGCUUGGCUUGAUGGAGACCACCGCAUCCAAUGGAGAGAGAAGAAAAAUUCGAUUAACUUGCAAUCUUUUACCUUUGACGAUUUCCGAACCUGGUUGGAGGACCAGAUUGAAUCCCCCCAGAACCGAGGAAUCAACAGCGCUAUGGCUUUAUUAAGCCUAACACAGUCAAAUGGACAAGACCCUGAGGCUUUUUAUUCCAAAUUCUCGAUUCUCUACGAGAAAGCGAGAGAAGGAAGUGGCGGGCCUCCACCGGCCGAAGACCUCUUCAAAUAUCGAAUCUUCCUGGCAAAGCUGUUGCCAAAGAUCCGUUCGGAUAUCACGAGAAUGGGUACGCUCCCAGCGAAGCUUCCGGACCUAAUUACUACCGCUCAACGAUUGUAUCAAAUCGAGAAGCAAGAGCGGAGAUUGGAAAGGAAAGCCGAAAAUGAGAAUAACAAUCGCUCCGGAGGCCAAGGUCCGACUCGGAACCAAGAAGGUUCCGACUCGAAGCCGACUCGAAAGCGAAAAUAUAGAUCAGAUCACAACGACCGAGAGAAAUCUCAGAAGAAGCAGAAAUCCUUCUCAAAGAACAAGGACAAGUCGACAGUGACCUGCUAUCGUUGUAAUCGUACUGGCCAUUAUGCCACCGAGUGCAAAGCUACCAAAACCGCUGAAGGGAAUCCAAUUUCACCCCCGAAGCUAAAUGCUACCCAUACAAAAAAGGAAAAGGAGACUGAGAAACAGUCUGACAAAGAGCAAACCCAAUGA